AUGGCUACGGCUGAGAAAGCAACUGAAUCACUAAUUGGAAACUCUAGAAAUCAAACAAUAGAUGAAUCCUACCCAACACCCAUCAAUUAUGUCACGGAUUCAUCAUCUACCAUCAACUUAUCUAAUAUCUUUGUUUAACUGUCGAUUUUCCUAAGCUUGCUAGCCUUUUUGGAUUUUAUUGAUUUUUUGAUUUUAUUUCUGUUAAUUACAUUUCAGAAGCUUAAGAAUGUUGUUGGUUCUAGUUCCUCCUGUCCCAAAUGCACAAGCAACACAGGGAGUUCUAGCACCAAUCUGGAAGUAUAUAGCCUUUCAUUAAGGCCAUCUCAUUUCUCAGCUUUCGCAAGCUAA